CAAGGGCAAAAAACUUCAUCCCAGACUAACAUAUCGCGCGCAAUGGCUGCUGUCUUCAACAUGGACUUUCUUUCUCUCUGGAUGCAACCACUUCUUCGCCCAGGAGGUUAGUAGUCGAACUUUAUACAGUGAUAUCAUAUCGCCCUGCAACGCCGAUCUUGUCUGCUUUUUUGGGGCCCAGUUUUUCUGCUGCCUGAGUUCCACUUGGCCUGUCACGGGUGGGACACCGACCUUUACCCGGUUGGGAAGACCUUUGUCAUCAUACUUCAGCCUGUGGUCUUGUAUACCUGAGCUGCCGCAAGUCAACCUCAUCGUAACACAGCAACAACACGGAUGGCCGCCCACGACAUCGAAAAGCAGCCCGCUGCGGCCGCCGGGGCUCCUCCGGGCAAAGGCGCCGGCGCAUCGACGGGCUUCGUCGACGCCGAUGCGCAACUCGUCCGCGCGGACCGGCUCGCGCGCAAGCUCUCUGCCCGGCAGGUGCAGAUGAUCGCCAUCGGCGGCACCAUCGGCACGGGCUUGUUCCUGGGAACGGGCAAGUCUCUGGCGACGGGGGGGCCUGCGUCCAUGCUGACCUCGUACAUCAUCUGCGGUGCCAUUGUCUACGUGACGAUGCUGUCGCUGGGGGAGAUGGCUGCUUUCAUUCCCGUUGCGGGAUCGUUCUGUACUUUUGCGGGUCGUUUUGUUGAUGAUGCGUUGGGGUUCGCGCUUACAUGGAACUACUGGUUCAACGAUGCCGUGUCGACGGCGUCGGAUAUCAUCGCGCUGCAGCUGGUGCUCGAGUUCUGGACGGAUCAUUUCCCGGGCUGGGCAAUCAGUUUGAUCUUCUUGUUCGUGGUGAUCUUUCUGAAUGUCAUGUCUGUGAAGGUUUACGGCGAGAUUGAGUAUUGGCUUAGUCUUCUCAAGGUCGUUACCAUUAUUAUCUUUAUCAUCCUCGGCAUCGUUGUCAAUUGCGGCGGCAACAAGGAUCACACAUACAUCGGCAAUAAGUUCUUCUACCAGGGAGAAGCCCCGUUCGUGGGAGGGAUUGGAGGAUUCGCCUCUGUCUUUGUGACUGCAUCUUUUGCCUACGGCGGCACUGAAUCCAUCGCCAUCACCGCCGGCGAGACCAAGAACCCGUCCAAGACGCUCCCGCGCGUCGUGCGCAACGUCUUCUGGCGCAUCGUCCUCUUCUACAUCGUCUCGAUCGUGCUGAUCGGCCUCGACGUGCCCUACACCUACCCGGGUCUCUCCUCCAAGACGACGGCGACUAGCCCCUUCACCAUCGUCUUCGUCGAAGCCGGCAGCACGGUGGCGGGAAGUUUUAUCAACGCGGUGAUCAUGACGAGCGUCAUCUCCGCCGCCAACCACGCCCUGUUCGCCGGCUCGCGCUUGCUGUACACGUUGGCCGUGGACGGCUACGCGCCGAGGGUAUUUGGGCACUUGAACCGGUUUCAGGUGCCGUGGGUUGCCGUGCUGGCUACCUCGGUGAUUAGCGGGUUAUGUUUUGGGGCGAGUUAUAUCGGUGCUGGACAGCUUUGGUCGUGGUUGCAGAAUAUAGUAGGAGUCUCCAACCAACUCUCCUGGUUAUUCAUCGGCCUCGCCUCCCUCCGCUUCCGCGCCGGCAUCCGCCGCCAAAACCUCGAGCACCUCCUGCCCUACAAGAACUGGACCUAUCCCGUCGGCCCCGUGCUCGCCAUACUCCUCAAUGCGGUCUUGAUCCUCGUGCAGGGCUGGUCGUGCUUCAGCCAGAGCUUCCAGGCGGUCGAUUUCGUCAGCUACUACAUCGAGCUGCCGAUCAUGCUGGUCAUGUUCUUGGGGUGGAAAUUGGUGAAGCGCACCAAGUUUGUGCGGGCGGCGGAGAUGGAUUUGUUGACGGAUCGGUAUAAUCUGGCGCAUGUUGAGGGGAGGGAUGUUUAUGCUGAUGCGGGGGAAGUGGAUGGUCAGGGUGAGAGUCAGGGUGCAGGUGCGGGGGAGAAACGGGGGGUGCUGGGGGUGUUUAGAGAAGGGAACCAGAAGGGUGUGGUUGGGGUGGUGAAGAGGGUGGGGAUGUGGCUUUUCUUCUAA